CGCUUCUGGGCUGGAUUGACACACAAUGAGGAGCCGAGGCUGGAGAGACGCGCUGCGAACACCGCUGUAAAUAAAUACUACAAUCACUGAGGCCGGAGCGACAUGGAGAACCAGUGCACAGUGCAGGUGAAGCUGGAGUUGGGCCACAGAGCUCAGCUGAGGAAGAAAGUUACAUCGGAAGGUUUCACCCACGACUGGAUGGUGUUUGUCCGAGGGCCAGAGACCGGCGACAUCCAGCACUUUGUAGAGAAGGUUGUGUUCCGCCUGCACGAGAGCUUCCCCAAACCCAAAAGAGUAUGCAAGGAGCCUCCAUACAAAGUGGAGGAGUCGGGCUACGCAGGCUUCCUCAUGCCUAUUGAGGUCUACUUCAAGAACAAGGAGGAGCCCAAAAAAGUGUGUUUCAACUACGACCUGUUCCUUAACCUGGAGGGCAACCCCCCAGUUAACCACCUGCGCUGUGAGAAGCUCACCUUCAACAACCCCACCAAAGAAUUCAGGAGAAAGCUGAUCAAAGCUGGAGGGGUAUUGGUGGUUCCAGAGGGGGCUGAAGCAAGACCCAAUCCAGAUUACCCAAUGCUCCCCACCAUCCCCCUCUCAGCCUUUUCAGACCCCAAGAAGACCAAGACCUCUCACGUGUCAAAGGAACCCAGUAAAGAAGGCAGCGGUGGAAGCAAGGGACCGAAACCACACAAGGUGACCAAGGAGCAUCGCGAACGACCCCGAAAAGACUCUGAGAGCAAAGCCACGUCAAAAGGAGACAACGACCGAGAUGGAAGCAGCAAGAGUGGCCGAGAUCCUUCCUCUUCCUCGUCCACGUCUUCAAAAAAGCCACCAGAGAUCAAAGUGAAAGAGGAAGUGAAGGUUCUACCCAAGGCGGCAUUCAAGGAGCCUAAGCUCACCCUGAAGGAGUCAAAGAUGGAGGGCAUGUCCCCUAAAGGAGGGGGGGGCCCGGCAGAAUCCAAAGCACCGGGGAAACGACCCGCCACUGUGGAGUCUCCCAAACCCAGUGCGAAGAAGCAGAAGAAGGCCAGCUCUGAAGGGCCAAAGGCGCCAGGAAGUGGAGCUUUCACAGGAACCUCUCCUCGUGUCUCCUCAUCGUCUGCAGCUAACCAGUCCUACGCCGAGAAGAAACCCUCCAAGGAAAAAGGUCGCUGGGCCAGAGGCAAAAAUGACACACAGGAGCUGAAGGAGCCAAAGAAAGUUCCAGAGUCAGAGGAGUCGAAUUCAGAAGAUGAAGCCUCUUCAAAGUCAGAGUCAGCCCCUUCCAGUCCUUCCAACUCCAGUUCUAGUUCUGACUCCAGUUCAGACUCAGACUUUGAGCCGGGACAGAAACCAGGGCAAGGCCCGUUAAGAUCCAUGGUGGAGGAGAUCCAGUCAGAAGAGUCGGAUGAUGAUGACAGCAGCUCGGAGGAGGAGACCCCCAUCAAGACGAACCCCCCAAACCGUGACUCUCGACUCAGCUUGGACAGCGAGAGUGACAGCAGUGACGGCUCGCACCGCCCCAGUCGAGACCCCGCCCCGCCCCCACAGAAACACAGCUCCUCCAACAACAAAGUGUCUGGCAGAAAGAGUCCAGAUUCCUCUUUCCGCUCAGAGAAGGUGUUGAAGAAGGGAUACGACAAGGCCUACACAGAGGAACUGGUGGACCUCCAUCGCAGACUGAUGGCUUUAAGAGAGCGUAAUGUUCUACAGCAGAUUGUCAACCUGAUCGAGGAAACGGGCCACUUCAACGUGACCAACACCACCUUUGACUUUGACCUCUUUUCACUGGACGAGUCCACUGUCCGCAAACUACAGAGCUACCUGGAGGCGACGGCCACGUGACAGGAAGUGGACGCCGGCGUGUGGAUGGCAGCAGCGGCGGGAAUCGACUCGCCACCUAUUCUCCUCUCGCAGGCGAGGUGACGAGUGGUCACACCUGCCGCAGCUGUUUCGCAGGUCUGACUGAAACAUUGAGCAACUGCCACACGGACAGAAACACACGGUCAAACGCGAGCACACAUGAAGACGCACCACUUUCACGUGACGCUGGGGAGGAACCGGGAGGAGGUGGCGGAGGCGAUGAAGGGAGCGCUGCAGCCGCUGAUCUCCGUCUACAGUCAGGAUUUUCAUCACACGUCUCUUUUUUUUUUGAGUCCGUGCAGAGCUGUGGAAUGCACCCCACACACACACCCCCCCUCACCCUCCUGCACUGCACUCAUAUUGCUCCCGCCUUAGCGAAGCCAAUACUCCUCCUCCUCCUCCUCUUCACACGCACACUUCUUACCCAGCAGAGCACUCCAGUUCCCCUCCCCCUGCUGUCAGCUGGAGCUCAUUUCUCUCUCCCGACAUACUGUCGAGUGUGUGUGUGUGUGUGUGGGUGUGUGUUUUUUGUCUGUGCACGUGUGUGCAUGCGAGCACUGCUGAGGUUUAACAGGACAAGUUGUAUUUGUUGUUACUGACUUCUCUUUGUUCGUGAUGCCCGAGUACAAACAACAGCCCGUUUCCCUCCUUCCCAUGAGCACACGUGGAAAAAAAUAUACAUACAGGUUACCUUUACUUUAAUCCCCCCACCCCACCCCACCCCCACCCUCCGAUUGAGCAUUUAUGACUACAGGCACUACACUAAUAUUAAGUAAACGGUUUAUAGCACACUGUAAUGCAGUUGUAAGUAGUUAUUAAUGUUUAGUGCAAUGAUGUAGAUAUAAGACAACACUGACUUUUUGAAGAAACAUUCGUCAAAGAAGUCCACAUCCUUGAAGCCGAAAGUGAAACAGAAAUUAAUAUUCAAGCCGAGCGUCAGUCAGAUACUCAGUUUUUUGUGUCAGGGCCUCGUGAGCAGACAUAAUGAAUUUCUUCUUCUCUCUUCGAGCUGCCCGUCUUCUGUGACAGCGUUAAUUCUUGGCUGCUGGGCACAUCUUUCUUCCUGGUUCGUUAGCUUGAAAUACUCGUGAUGAAUUUAUUAAAACCCAUCCACCAGAAGCAGAAAGUCUAAAUAAACCCUUUAUUCGCUGACUUACUCUUAACAGACGUGAAGACACUUUUCCUCAUUCUGUGGGAGCUGCUGUAUCAGCGGUGCUCUCUAUUUGUAAAGAAUAUCUGAUGUUAUAAAGACACAAUUGUGUUGUUCUUGAAUAAAGGACAAACCACACUUUUUAAACUUUAUUUUUAGAAAGAAUAAAGUCUUAUAUUUGGAUUAGCACGGUAUUUGUCAUUGAAAAUAAUUACUUCAUUGUCGAUUAGCUGCUGAUGUAUUUUUCCGAACAAUUACUGUAAAAAAAGUUCCAAGUGAACAUCAUAACCUUCAAUUAGCUUGUUUUUAUUUGACCAAAUUUAAAAACCUCAAACACAUGGAACAAAUCUUCUUCCUGAGGAAGAUUAAAGUAAAUUAAAUUGUGGAUUUUUGCCUGAAAAUAGUUUUUUGAAAAGAUUCUAAAAACAGUUGUUGGUCAUCUUCUGAUAUAAGGCUCCAGUAAUGAUAUAUAUUAUAUGGUACAUUAGUAAACACUUAAAUGUUCUUAUACCUUCAAACAACUGCAUUAUAGAGUGUUUAUUAUAUGUUCAGUGCUUUCAAUGCUACACGAGGAGGUGGGGGGGAAGGAAAGGGUCCUUACACUUAACACUGUACAUGAAGAUACUGAGGUGUGUGUGUCUGUGUGUGUGUGUUUCAGAUGUUUCUCUGUUGUCUGAACAUCUGAAAACGUCUCCUGUUGAGUCCCCCCCCCCACCUCCUCUACUUCCUCGCACUGAAAGCUGAGCCUUGACCUCCUACCAACAGACCCCCACCCCCUUCUUUCCUUCAGAAGCUCCCUCACUCCAUCCCUUCGUCUCUCCCUCUUCCUCCUCCUCCUCCUCCUCCUCUUAUUCCCAUAUUGGCGUGCAUGAAAGGGCUCGACUGCUCGUGGCCAGAGCAGUGGAGGAUCACUCCGGAAUUGCCUUCUAAGUGGUGGGAGGGUUUAAAGAAAUAAUAAGCCGUGAAAAAGUAGCCAUACUUGUCUCCCAGAAUCCAAAAAAAUACGAAAACAAAAAAUAGGGGCCACGCUUUUUUACAUUUUAUUUUUCUACAAGUGCAUUUUUGUGUAUUUAUUCCCACACUGCGGUUAAGGAAAACCUGUGAGCUAUGAAUGUAUAUCGCUUUUACUUUUCUACGGCUAGCAACAGCCCCACUCUAGUGCCUUUUUCCUGCACCUUGCAGUGUGAGGGGGUGGUGUGCGCUCUCUUAGCCAUGGUCACACAGAUUGAACCCACCCUCCUCAAAACUCCCCCACCACCCCGCCCCCCCCCUCCGCGGGGGGGAAACAAGUGUUAAGUGGGAUGCCUGAAUAUCCAGUAUUGUCUUAAUGGCGUUCAUCCCCGCGUCUCCUUCUCCAGUGUCUUCGUAGGCUGUCGUCCUCUCACCGGUGAUGUUUCUGUUAAUCGAGCCCUGUAGAAAUUUCGAAGAGGACUAUUUUUCACUGAUGGUGGUCGUGUUUCUGUGUUCCUGCUUCCUGAGAUUAGAUUCUGUGUUUUUUAAAAGAGGGAGCAUCAGGUUACUGUGGUAGUUACAUUAAUUAGCUCUAGUAACAGUUGCGUUCAGCUGUGUUUUGUGCGUGUCGGUGUGUGCGUGUGUGUGUUUUGUGAGACGGUUGUUGUUGAUUAGGUUUGGGGGGGGGUUCCCUCUUCAAGUGGAUUGAAGUAUUUGAACUGUCAGUUUGAUACCAAGUAAAGCAGCACUUGAUCUUACAACAGGACACAUGAGCAGAGACAUAAGCUAAGCAAGGCACUCCUUGUGUUUUUCUUAUCCCUGAGUAUUUCAGAUGUAUUCCUCAGGGGCCUGAGACAUGAUGACACUGUGACCGAGGCUGACUGGUCUCAUGAAGCUGGUUCACUUCACCCAGAGACGCAUCUGAUUCAGGGUUCGAUCAAAAGCCCAUGAAGGACUAAUGAGCACAAGGCAACACAUUGUCACAUUAGUGGAUUCACUUGGCUUCACAUGCUAAAUACUGUACAUCAGACAUAAGUUAAAUGUUUGUAGCACAACAGUUAAUCUUUUUAAAUAUGUUUAUGCCUUUAAUGUAGACGACAGUAGAGCAUACAGCCUGACUAAUACAAGACUUCUGAGGUGGAAAUUGAUUUACAGUUGAAAAUUUAACUCAUUUCUUCUUUUUUUUUUACAAGAUACACUGAUACCAAAAUAUGAAUCCACCUGCAGUGCCAGGGCGAUUCAUCAGCUUGAACUAACAACAUUCACCUCAUUGUCAGAAGCUCCACGACACUCAACAGCAGGUGCUCACAGAUCUAAACUGAAUCUCAGAGUGGUAUUUCAUUAAUUAUAACUAAAUGCUAAGGGAUGAAAACUGUUCUGAGUGAGAUUAAAUAAGAAGUUACAAUGAGAUUUUUAUUAGAGGGUUUGCUACCGAAUCCUCAUUCGAUUAAAAUCUGUCCCACUUCAGGCCGGUUUUCAAUACUUAACACUUAGAGUUGAUGAAUUUUCUCCACGAUUCUCAGAUUUGUCCAGUUUGGUCUGUUUGGUGCAUUAUGAUCCAUUACUGCAGAUCAGUGGAGUCAAUUUAUCAGUCUGGCAAAUUAACUUUGUUUCCACUGCUCAGUCCAUUCUGUUUAAUAUCAGUAGGACACACUGCUUUGUCCCAGGCUGCAGUAGUGACCUGCUUUAUAAUACUCACUCUUUUGAUUAUUGACUAUUUAUAUUUCCACCAUGUUUACAAGGCAUCUCUAACUUUCCAAGACUGAAUAUAUCAACUCUAGCUGCUCCGACGACCUGAUAUCUCCGCAGGCGUGGACGGUUUUAUCUCAUAUAUCUGAACAAUCUGUUAAUGUGACAUGUGAUCGCUCUCUUGUUGCACUUGUUUCAUGUAAACAAACACGUGCAGCGGCUUUUUCUUUUGAAGAAAACCCAGAAACCAGCUUCAUGAGACCGAAGCCAAAAAACUUGAAAGAAAGAGGGAGGGAGGUUGACUUGCUUCGUGAUUCAGGCCCCUGGUGUGUUAGUUCCUGUGGCCCCUUUAGGCUUCACACACAUGUACACACACACACACACACAGACACACACCAAACCACUGUGGCACAGACCUUCAAUGAAUAAUUCCCUCCCCGCCCUCCUCCCCUCGUCUUCAGUUCUCUUCCUGCCGACAGUGUUUUUUUAUUCUGACGCUUCGAUAGCUUUAAUUCUCCCCCUCUCGUCCUCUGCUGCCUGCCUGGCUCAGCGACAUGUACACACUCCCUCUGUCCUUACUGUAACCUCCGCCUGAGCAUGGAAAGUGUGUCUCAAAUACAAAGUAAAAAAAAUAAUACCCUGGAUCCAUGCCGCCUUACGUGCCCUGCAGUAACCCCCUCCUCCUCCUCCUUCUCCUCCUCCUCCUCUCAUUGCCCUCGCUCCUUCCCCUUCAUUUUCUCGAGGUGUGCCUCCCGAACUUCAGGCCGUGAUUAACUGAGAAUGAACUUUGCAACUUUGUGUGAGUGACGUUUGUGCGUCUGCGAGUGUAUUUGUUAGCGAAAGGAGGGAAUUGGAGAAAGGAAAAGAAAAAACACUCUUCUUGCUGUCGCCCUCCUCUGUUCAUCGAUGUGGGAACUUUUAAGUCCUCGUUCAUGAACUCUGACCUUUGACCAGGCACUCAUUCAAUCCCUUGAGGAGGAGGAGGAGGAGAGGGGGAGUUAAACAGGGACUGGAGAAGACCCACUGUCUACCCACAGUCAAUGUUUUAUUUAUGGACCUCUGCACUUUUGGCUGUGAUGACUUCAGUACUUAACGUAGUUACCUGAACUGUAUUUUUAAGGAUUUUAUACAAUAUUUACAUGCAAUACAAUAUGAAUUGAUUUUUAAUUUUUUUUCUUUGCCGACUUUAUUUUUUUUUCUCCUUUCUUAUUUAAUUGUCUUUACCUUUGGCAUGUUUGGUCACUAUUAUUCACAAACAAACAUGUCCGUCAAAUCUAUUUUAGGCAUCAAAUGUUGUUAUGGGGAUGUUCCCUGUAUGUUGUGUACCAUGAUUCUGAUGACAGCUGAAAACCAAGAAGCAGGUGUUGGACAAACGUUUGCUGGAUGAGCUUAACUUCAUCAUAUCUCUGCUUCCAGUGACAAAGAGCUGGACCUGCACGGGGACGUGAGGAGUCCAUGCUUCAGUUCAGUGAACUGAAAACCCUUUAUUUUCUGUCUCGUGUCCAGUUAUGAUUUGAGUGUUUUUAUUUUUUUGAACCCUCCUCAUUAAUAGAAGUCCAACAAACUGACGCCCUCACGUUACUGCUCUGAUAGAGUGAGCCUGAAGCUACUCAGCGAUAGGAGACGGUAGUUUGCGAAGCUGUGUGGCGCCGCUCAGUUCUUCCUCACGCGACAUCACGUGACUCAAACACACUGUGUCUCCUUCACAGCCGGAACCGUACGAAACCGAAACUCUGAAGUCAUGACGUCCCGUCCGGGUCAGACUCUGUUCCGUUAACUCCCGUCACAUGACCCAGUCUCUCUCAGCUAGUAUUUCUCACAUCAAUGUUUUCUGAAAGAAGGAAGUCAUGUUUCUAGAGUUUUACCUCUCGAUCACAGGAAAAACAAACUACUGCUCUCCUUAAAACUACAAGCACAACAGCGCAGUAGUUUCAUUUCUUUCCACUUGAAUCCUCUGCUGUCGUAAUGCUCGUUUCCCUCUGUCCUGCUGAAACCUCGGCCUCUCAGCUCUCUUCUCAUCGGUUGUGCUCUUAGCCCUCAAAUGUCUGAGGCUUAUGGGAAAUGGUUUUCAGUGAAGGCUGCAAAACAUAACAAAUACGAGAUAAAUAGUAAAAUGCUAUUGACAUCUGACAUCAUCUCUUCUAAUGCUGGAUUCUAAUAACCACAAGUUCCAGUUUCACCUGCGCUUUCACGAGCAACUGCAUUAAACAAAAAAUAUCAGGACACUUAACUGCGGCUCCCAGCAUGCAUUUCUGCAAACUGUAGAUUAAAGUUCUAAUUCACUGCUGCUGCUCUGACUCUCACCUCCGCCUGGCGUCUUCUCACGGCCCCGGCAGCUGAGGCUCUCGGUUGUGGUCGUUCUCUCGAGCCGUCACAACAUGAAACCGUACAAUAGUUGGAUCAUCCCGGAGAGUCCUGUGUGUCUGUGCUGAGCAGCACUGACCACGUUCAUGAAAGUGAAAAAUUGAAAAAACAGAAUUGAGGAAAAAAAGAAGAAAAAAAAAACACUCCCACUUUGCAACUCUAUGAGCAGGUCUGUGGGAGUGGAGCCUUUCAGCUGCGACUAUUAUAUAUAAUAAGUGUAUAAUACAGCAAAGGUAGAAUAUUAUCUACUGUGUGGAUCUUAAAGAGGACGAGGAAAAAGCAAAAAUAUUGAGCAAAUGGUUCGUUGCAAAUAUGUGGAGGGGGGGGAGGGGGCAUGUGCAGACGGGGUGUUUCCUGUGUCAGUGGUUGUCAUAAUGUGUCUGUGACAAGGGGACAGGGUUUGCCUGUAUUUAUAAAGGUUUGAUUUGUUUUUUUAACUGGGGGGGGGGGGGGUCUGAACUGUGUCCAUAUAUGUGGUCGAAGCUGCAGACAACUGGCAGAACAAAUGAACUGGAUGGCAGAAGAACAAUUUGGUAUUUUUAAAAGUAAAGACUUGGCAUAAAUGCCACCAUGUGGCCAUUUGAUGCAAGUUGUUAACAAGGACAACAUGUUAUUUUAAUGUUAUUUUUUAUUUUGAAAUCAUAUUAUUAAUAAAGUCAUUAAGUACUGUU